AUGUUCAAAGCACUGGCAACGAUACUGCUGGCUGAGCUAGUAGCUGGCCACGGCCAUGUCUCCAACAUAGUCGUCAACGGAGUGUCCUACCAAGGAUGGGACAUCGGCUCAUUCCCGUACCUGUCGAACCCACCAGUCGUUGCCGCUUGGGGUACCCCGAAUACGGGGAAUGGUUUCGUCACGCCCUCAAACUUUGGCUCGCCGGAUAUCAUCUGCCACCAGGAUGCGAAGAAUGCGAAGGGUCACGUCGUUGUCGCUGCAGGAGAUAAGAUAAACCUUCAGUGGACCACUUGGCCAGAGACCCAUCACGGACCUGUAAUCACUUAUCUUGCAGACUGCGGUGGCUCUUGUGAAACAGUGGACAAGACAACCUUGAAAUUCUUCAAAAUCGACGGAGUGGGUCUCGUUGACGAUAGUACGCCUCCCGGCACUUGGGGCGACGACCAGAUGAUUGCCAACGGCAACAGUUGGAUGGUGGAGAUUCCCCCCAAACUUGCACCGGGAAAUUACGUUCUCAGACAUGAACUCAUCGCCUUACACAGUGCAGGCAGUGAAGAUGGCGCUCAAAACUAUCCCCAAUGCUUCAAUUUGCAAGUGACUGGGUCCGGCUCAGAUAAGCCCUCAGGCGUCCUAGGUACGGAGCUGUACCGUGCCACUGACCCUGGCAUCCUGGUGAAUAUCUACCAAUCUCUGGCAAGCUACGCCAUCCCUGGACCUGCUCCGUACACUGGUGCUAUUUCUAUCGCCCAAGCGACCUCGGCCAUCACAGCUUCUGGUACACCUGUGACCGGGUCUGGUGCUGCCCCUACCACAACCGCAGGUAGCGCUGGUCCCGGGUCGGGACAAUCGAGUACCACGACAUCAUCAACUACCUUGAUCACCAAGACCACCACAACUACUGCUCCAAGAACCACCACAUCCUCAGGAUCAGGCUCUGGCUCCGGGGGUACUCAGACAGUGUACGGUCAGUGCGGUGGCUUCAGCUGGUCUGGUCCUACUGCAUGUGCCGCCAAGGCGACAUGUACUUCGUACAACCCUUACUACGCUCAAUGUGUCCCGACUAGUUAG